UUGUGCACCGUGCCUCGUACCGGUAUCCGUCACAAUAUUGAUUCAGCGAAGUUGACAAGUGAUGGCCUCAGAAUGGUAGAACUUGAAGGAUUUUCAACCAUGAGUGGGACAGAAAAUACGGCAUCACUGAUGAAAAGCCAAAAUGUAGAACAGUUAUCACCUUGCAGAUCUUUCACCAAGAGGAUCAUCUCUCCUGGAUCAGGAUUAGCUAGACCUAAUGAAGGAUCAACAUGUACAGUACAGAUCAUCCAGCUAGGAGGUUCAACACAGCUUGAUGAGGCCCUGAUUGGAUACUCACUUAAUCAGGAGACGAGAAUCUGCCUUGGGGAUGGAGAAGGUGCAAUGUCUCAUAUUAUUGACACCUGCGUGGAGAUGAUGUUGCCAGGAGAGACAUGCAGAAUGCAGGUUGCCAUGGAAAUGAUACAGGAAGUCAUACAGAUGAGGCAAAACAACUUGAAAAUUGACUGCAAAACACUCUUACAGAAACCUGUAGUGUUCCAAAUAGAACUCAAGUCACUCAGAAGGGACAAAGAUAUUUAUGAGAUGACAGUUACAGAGAGAGUGGACCGUGCUUCCAAAUUCAAGAGUAAAGGAAGCAGCUGCUUCAGUUGUGGAAAACUACAGAAAGCUGAGGCAUUUUACAUCAGGGCUUUGAAAUACCUCCUAACGGUCGAUCCUCUGGAAAUCACUGAUGAAACUGAUGCAACAAAAGAAGUUUUCAAUACAGUGAAGAGUGCUUGCUUAUUAAAUCUAGCUGCCUGCAAGCUGAAGUACAAAUCCUAUGAGCAUGUUGUAUCUCACUGUACCAAGGCCUUGGCAAUUGACAGCAGUAACCCUAAGGGCUAUUUUCGUAGAGGAAUCGCCUACAUGGAAUUACAAGACUAUGAGUUGGCAAAAGCUGAUUUUGACGAAGCAAUGCACCUUGAACCAACAAGCAAACCUCUUAGGCAACAGAGACAAAUCCUUCAGGAACGAAUGAGAUCUCUGGAUGCUAAGUACGCCAAAGCAAUGAGCAAGAUGUUUGGUGGACAGUGAUGAAGUGUUGACCUGUUACCUCUUUAAACCAGUGGUUAAGCUUAUACAUGUUCUUCAUGAAAAGAAUCUUAUAUUUUGCUAAUUACUGUACAUUGUACAUGUAGCAAAAAUUGCUAGAGUGGGAGUAUUUAUCUUGUAAAACUUUGUGGUGAAAAUUCCAGCAGUAACAUCACAUACAGGACAAUAUUAAAAAUUCCCAUCCCAUAUCUUGUCCUGAGGAGAAACACUCUUGCCCCUGAAACUCUUUUAAAGCUGCAAUAAGGGACAGAAUUUCAUUGCAUGGCCAGCAAAUACACUUUUUCAGAGCUGUGUUUUAUCAAGAUUAAAAGAGCAACAUUCCCUACAGAUGACUCAUGUCAAUAUACAGCAAUGAACUUGAGAUAUUUGAUCAAUGUAUCAGGAUCCUGAAUUGGUGGUGGUUAUUUAAAGUUUGAAACUA